CUGAAGUCUUCCAGUAUCCCGGGAGGCUGUGCGGGCUGUAGACACCAGGCCCAGCUCAGAGCAGACGUGUGUGGAAGCUGAAAAUCGGCGACUAUUUGUAAAAAAAAACACCACGGCGAUAAAAUCGGGAAGGACGGCGAAAGCAGUGUGGUGCUCGGACUUGGAGCUCCUGGAGGAAGUUUUUUUUGUCUUUGUCUGAGUGAGCAAGGAGCCGUCCGCAGCUUCUCCCCACCGCCCCCUCUCCUCUCUCUCUCUCUCCAUCCCCAGCCUCUUCAAUGGAAGCGGAAAAGAUGUCGGCGAAAAGCUUUCGCGUCAGCGACGGGGACUGGAUUUGUCCCGAUAAAAAAUGCGGAAAUGUUAACUUUGCAAGAAGGACAAAUUGUAACAGAUGUGGAAAAGAAAGAACAUGUGAAGCAAAACUCAUGAAGGCUGGAGGAACAGAAAUUGGAAAGACUCUUGCAGAAAAGAGCCGUGGCCUUUUCAGUGCCAAUGACUGGCAAUGUAAAACCUGUGGUAAUGUGAAUUGGGCGCGAAGAUCAGAAUGCAACAUGUGCAACACUCCAAAGUAUGCCAAAUUAGAAGAAAGGACUGGAUAUGGAGGUGGAUUUAAUGAAAGAGAAAAUGUAGAAUACAUUGAGCGUGAAGAAUCUGAUGAUGAAUAUGAUGAGUUUGGAAGGAAAAAGAAAAAAUUCCGUGGAAAGCCAGUUGGACCCAAAACUAUCCUACAAGAAGAGAUUGAAAGUGAAAAAGAUGAAGAGGAUGAUGAUGAGGAUGGAGAUCUGUCCAAAUACAAACUGGACGAUGAUGAUGAUGAAGAUGAUGAAGAAGAUGGGGAUCUCUCAAAGUACAAUCUGGAUGCAAGUGAAGAUGAAAAGAAACCUCCCAAAAGCAGGAGUCGCUCCAAGUCACGCUCAUCUCGAUCUUCAUCUUCUUCCACUGCUCAUUCCAGUUCAAGGUCCAGGUCCCGGACCAGAAGUUCUACAACUUCCAGAUCCAGGUCACGUUCCAGCUCCAGAGGUCAAUCUAGAUCACCCCGGUCGAAGUCAAGCUCCAGAUCACACCGGGGGUCUUCAUCUCCAAGGAAGAGGUCUCGCUCAAGUUCUCGAUCAUCAUCUUCCUCUGAAAGAGGCAAAAAACGAAGCCGUUCCAGGUCAUCAUCCUCAAGUGGCCGCAAAAAAACUAGACGUUCUGACUCAAGAUCUUGGUCUGCAGAAAGGCGCAGUGGAUCGUCCUCUGGAUCCUCUCACUCGGGCUCCUGUUCAAGUUCUAAACAGAAAUAGCCUUUUAACAACUGCAGUUUUUAAAAGUUCAGUAAUUUCUGGAAAAAUGCAUGAAACUUAUUUUGAAGUUAUUAGUGUCUUGAGCAAAUCCACCUGAGAUGUUGUGAAAACAUUUUUAAAAAUUGGGCAUAUGUUGUGAUGAAAUCUUGCUGAUGUAAUCUUAAACCUAUUGUUGCUUUAAGAGUGUGUUAGAAUUGUACUCCAGUCUAUUAAAUUAGUAUAUUAAGCCAUAAUAGUUUUCUCCUCAUGGGAAACUGAUGCAUUUUUGUUACAAGAGCUAUAAAGACUAGUUUCAAAAUGUACAUUAUGUAUGCAUCUGUACGUCUACAGCAUUGUAGUGCAGAGGGUCUGUGUAAGUACAGGUGGUCUUUAAAGGAAGAGAAACUUUAAAGAGAUAGUAAAUUCUAGGUGAGUAUUUGUUCAAAUUACUUUGCCAUAUCAUGAAUCAGGAUACAGUAUUGGACACAACAGAGUUAUGUUUGACAUUUCUGUUAAAUAUCAGUUUUUCUUGCAAGAAUUCAGGCCCUCAAGUCAGGAUUCCCGCUGUGUUGUGUUUUUUUUUUAAGUGAUCGUUGUGCUUUCCAUUGGAAACUGAAGAGGAAGCAACUUCAAACCAGUCUGGGAGGUGCACACUAGAUUUCCAGCACCCUGGAAAAUCAUGCUUUUUUAGGAAAUUUGCAUCUUGGUGUGGUUUUCCAGAGACCUAGAGCUCUAGCCAGUUAGAGUUGCUGUUUCCUAGAGAAAAACUGAUAUUCCACUCUUAGAAUGCUUUGAAUGAAAAUUAAGAUUUGUUUGCCCUCCCCGAAUUUCUCCUAGAAAUAUUUCCACUUCUUUCACCUUUAUGAUGUGCCUCGUGCUGAUUUCAAAGUAGCUUUGCAGCUCCUUAUUUAUAUUGUGGUUGGGGAAAUUGCAGAAAUCUACAUCCUUAUGACCCUUCACUUUUAGGUUGUGUUCAGUUAUUUUUGUUAAUGUGCUUGGAAAUAGAAAUUUUGAUUUAAAUUUUCAGAAGUUAAAAGAAAAUUGUAUGGAAUAGCAUUGAAUGGUUCACUUUUACAUAGGCAUCCCUGAGUCCAGGGGGUUGUUUCUCAGCCUUCCUGGACUGGAUUUAAACAUAGGUGCCAAAGUGAAAAGAGCUUGAGCAGUUUUGAUGCAGUUUUUUGCUGGUACCACAGCAAAAAUUACCUACUCGUGAUCAGUCUGCCACAGAAGCCACAACAACUGGUGUUCAGAAAUGGAUAUAAUUUAAUGGUAUUAGAGGAAGAGUUUUCUAAGACAAUAUUUCAGAUUUGCUUUUGGGACUAAAUGGAGAUAGCUAACAGCUUUACAUAUUCCAGGGCUGCUGACACUAAUGUAAAAAUGGGAAAUGUUUCACAUUUGAGCAUUAAUCAAUUGAGGGGAAAAUGUGAAGAAAAAUAUGGAAUAUUUACAACACUUUGACCGUUCUCUUUUUUGAAUGGCAUUUCAAUCUGUAACCUUUUUUAAAUAUUUAAAACAUUGGGUGUACCAAUUACAAAUUGUGGACUUUUUUUUAAUCUUCAAAAUAAAUAAUUCAUUAAUUGCCUUCCAUCUUGAUGACUUGUUAUGGCUUAAUAUACCCCUCUAAUCUUAAACUCGGUUAGAAGGAAAAUAGUAUUUGCAUCAUCAAACAGAAGCUCUGAUUUUCAGAACUCCAAAGGUGGUUUCAGGUAUAUUAAAUGGUAGAGGAAGGUAAGUAUACAGCAAAAAUUUUAACUUUGUAAAUUGAACUUGGCAGUGCUAAUUGCAUUCUUGGUACAAAUGUGGACAUUGUUUUUAAUGGGUCUUUUUUUCUUCAGUUUUUGUUUAUUUGAUUAUCAUACCGGCACCAAAAGUGUUAGGCAAGUAAGAGUUGGCUUUUUUUUAUUUCAGAGCGCACACCUCAUUGCUUAAGUGGUCUAGUUUCUUGUGAUUUUACAGUUUUAAUCUCUUUAACACCUUCUUUCAGAACCAACAAGUCUACACGUCCAUUUGUAUUUGUAGCUCGUAUAAAAUCAACUUGAGGAGCAUGUGACCAAUAUCUAUUGCAGUGUUUUGGGAUUCAGCUCUGGAAAUAUUGGAAGAUCUGAUUUGUGCAGGAUUCCUCUGAGCGUAGACUUUCAGUGUAACUUUCAUGGGUUACAAGGUUUUCACAGUGACAUUCAUGUGCGUAAUAGUUAAAUUUGCGGGAUUACAUGAAGUAAGGAGUGUGAAUUAAUAAUGUGACUUUCAUUUGCAUUUUCAAGACUAGUUUUAUCAAAACCAGUUAUAUUCAAAAUUCUACAGAAUUUUGUCUGCCUUUAAACUUUGCCUAUAAUCUCUUUCUGUAUUUAAAGAAAAAAAUAGUUAAGGCCACUUAAUUAGAUUGCUAAUAAAUGGGUGGGGUUUUGGUAAUUUCAUCAGUCAUAAGUUUUGGAUAUUUGUAAAUGGUAAAAGUGGCAAUUAACUUGCUUAAGGUCAUCAGCUUGUUCAUCUAGCCCUGCGUAAUAGUUUUCAUCAGAAAAAAAAACAAUUUGUAGACCAUGUGUGUGUACAUAAAUCUUCCAAUGGUAUGUUAUCCAAUGUCAUGUUCAAGCACCAAUAAAGAAAAAAAAUAAGUGGUUUGAA